UCGUUUCCUUUUCCUCCUCCAUCGGAGGUCCAGUAGUGCUAUCUGUAUCUACGGACGCCCCGUAAUCAAUAUCAGGUUGACCUGCCUACUCGCCCAGCAAGCUUGGGGCGGGUUUUUGCCUCUCCUCUUUUCUUUUGAUCGUCAGCCAACCCGAUUGGAGAUACUCUUAUUCGCCUAAGAUUUUUUUUUUUUUUUUCUUUUGUCUCAGUUAUAAGACCCUAUCACCUUAAUAUCUAUUUUCGAUAGGAGCAGUACAUGCAUCCGAAGGUCUUCAACAUUUCCUCUCCUCCUCACUCUAUCGCUUCCUUUCACCUGCGGUUCGUCCGCUCGAUCAAAUGGCGCGGGUCGAAGAAUCCAAGGUGGUCAAUAUGUCCGGACACGACCGUCGUUCAUCGACCUCCUCUGACAGGAUCAUCGACAACAAUCCGGCCAAGGUGAAGAAUGCCGAUCUCGAAAGUCAACAACAUGACCAGACUCAUCGCAUCGCCGUUGACUCCGAUGCGGAGACCGAGAGCAUUGGAAGACAAAUAGAAAUGGAGUCGGAGAAUUCAAUCAAGUAUCGAACUUGUAGUUGGCAAAAGGUGGGUGGCGGAGGAUACACAGAUGAAGAGAGAGAUGGGCAUGUUCUGACAAUUGCGCGAUAGACUGCGGCCCUGCUGUUUUCCGAGUACAUUUGUCUGGCUAUCAUGUCAUUCCCCUGGUCCUAUUCCAUCCUUGGUCUUGUUCCGGGUUUGAUUCUAACGGUCGUCAUCGCUGCCAUUGUCCUUUACACAUCCCUCACGGUUUGGUAAGUCAAUCGCAUUCGUUCUGGGAUCGCCACGCUCAUUCUAGUCCAGGCGG